AUGUUUUCGAAUUAUGUUGUCUUGCUUCUUGUACUUGCGCAUUCCUCGGUUCAACAAAAAGAUCCUAAAGCCAACUUUUGCAGGAGAUUUGGACAUCAAACUACAGUCAUUGAUGAGAGAUUAUACAUCGAUGGAGGGCAAGUGAACUUUGGAGAUUCGAUUGCAACAUCUCCAGCAAACCUCACAAAUCCAUACCUCUCCUAUCACGACCUUACUACAAGCCCACCGCAGAUUGAAAUGCCAGUAUUGUGGGCAAAUCUAUCUAAAAAUGCGACAAUACCGAGUGUUAGCGGUGGUCAGAUUUGGGCGGAUGGCGUGAACAAGCGAUUUUUCCUAUAUGGUGGAGAGACAAUUGGCGACCCUCCUCCCACCUCACCACAAAACGUUUACUCUUACGAUGUACUUCAGAAUCAAUGGGAUAAUUUAGGAACUCCAACUGGUGAUAUCAGUGGAGUAUCAUGGGGUGCUGGUGUAAGCGUCUCUUCGAUCGGUCAAGCAUUCGUUUAUGGUGGAUGGCUGAGCAAUACUUCAGUGCCAGGAUGGAAAGGCCCACCAAUGGCGACAAACACGCUUGUAAAAUAUGAUAUGGAGCUCAAUAAGUUCCAAAACAUCACCGGUCCAGCGGAUAGCCUGGGUCGAGCAGAAGGCGUGAUGACCUAUGUGCCUGCUAGCGAUGACGGCUUAUUGGUGCACUUCGGAGGAAUUGAAUCGAGCGCAAAUGGAACAAUGGUGGCUUCACCGAUGAAUACCAUUAGAAUUCACGAUAUUCGUAGUUCUAAAUGGUACACUCAAACAGCCACAGGUGAUGUUCCUCCAAAUCGACGACGUUUCUGCGCGGACUCAGCUUGGUCGGAUGAUCAAUCUUCAUAUAAUAUCUAUCUAUAUGGUGGUCUUGGCUUCGGUGACGACAGUGUAGGAUUUGAUGAUUUAUGGAUUCUCUCACUGCCGAGCUUCAAAUGGGUAAAUUAUUACAAAGGAAGUCCUGGCUCCCCACAUCAUUCCUUGACAUGCAAUAUUGUCAACCGAGGUCAAAUGCUUGUCAUUGGAGGAACUUUCCCAGUCAACGGAACAUGCGAUACUCCUAAACAAUGGGGUGUUCAUAACUCUGACAUUGGGAAAACAAGAGGUCGUGCUUGGGAAGCAUACGAUCCAACCAUCAGGAAUUAUACCGUACCUCCUGAGGUUAUCAAUAUUGUUGGAGGUACAUCGUCCGGAGGAGCAGCGCUAAAGGCGCCACCGACAGGCUUUCAAGAUCCUGAAUUGGGUGUCUACUUUGCUCAGCGAGCAGAAAUCGACGCGAGAACACCUACAAGAGCAGUGCCAGGUGCCACUGGCAGCUCGAAAGCAUCAGGUACAGAAAUCAAGCUAGCUGGAAGUGCUAUUGCCGGCAUUGCAGUUGGUGGCUCUGUUCUCGUUAGUUCAAUUGUCUUGGGCGCAUGUCUGUGUUUGCGACGCAGAAGAAUUCCAGUGAGCCCACAGAUGUCAGCUCGGUCUUUUAGCUCUAGCUCUAAGUCACUACCUCACUUGCCAGUCGCACAGGAAUAUAUAGUACCAGAGAGCAGAUUUUCCCGUUCGUAUCGACCAAAACGCAUAAGCACACACUCUUUCCGUUCUUCUCACCAAUUACCGACAACACCAGAACCAGUUGAACUUCAUGGCACCCACUAUGUGAUGGAGCAGGAAAACUUCAAGUUCGUUAAAGGGGAUGGUCUGCAAAUGAGACAAGUCAAUGAUAGGGACCAUCCUGCACACCGAGCUUCCAAGUAUAUCCAGUCGCCACACACUGGCACAAGACCGUCUCCAAGCCGGUCAGGAUUUUCAGUGCAAACAUCCAUGCGCAGUAACACCGACCGAGAAACUUUUCGACCAUCACCAAUAUCAGCAGGGCCGAUAGUAUCACCUUUGGGACGUACACUGACCGGGGAGCGUAACUUUCGAGCGGUGAAUGACUAUCACCAUUUAUAG